AUGAAUUUUGUAGAACUCAAUCCACCGUUAGGUUCGAACCUAAUGCGAUACAUGCUAGAGCCGUUUACAUUAUCUCUAUCAUUAAAAAUAGAUAAAUGCAUUACACAAAACUUGCCUUUGCCUCUGGAUUUGUCAAGCCAGGAUUUACAGAGUAAAUUGUGCUCUGUAGUUCCUAGCAUAUUAACUGCUCAAAUUUGGACCAAUUCGAUUGAUAAAUAUUCACCUGAAGGAAAAUGGCACGAGAUAGAUAUGUGUGUACAUAUUGUCUCUUUUGAUGAAAAAAGCUCUCUUGAUUUAAAAGCACUUACGACUACCAAAUUUUGGAUUGUUAACUUUCAAGGUGCUAUCUUACCAACUGCUACUGGUAGAUUCGAGUACACAGUCCGUUGGAAAAGUCAAAACAACGAUUGGAAUUGGGCGAGUCGAUACGGAAAUAAUGGGUCAUUUAAUGUUAAGCCACCCUCACCUGAGUCUCCAUGGACACAUGGUCCUCGAGCUGUCGAAAUUGAACCUGAUUUAUAUGUUGGAAAUUAUUUUGCAGCAAGUAGGGCAAAAAAUAUGGGAUUCCAAGCUGUUUUGACUGUGGCAAAAGAAUUGGAACUACCCUCAGAAACCUUGGAGGGCAUUGAACAUUUGAAAAUUCCUUUGGAAGAUGGUGCAAAUAAUAGAAUACCGGACGAUGCUAUUAUCAUUUGUGUGAAAUGGAUUCAGAAACAAUUAGACAAUAAACGGAAAAUACUUGUCCAUUGUCGGGCUGGAAUUGGGCGUUCGGGAUCAAUAGGAAUUGCAUACAUUUAUUUUCAUAAUUCAACGCUUUCUUAUAAACAAGCGUUGCAACAAGCUUGGUCAAAGAAGCCUGAUAUAUAUCCACACGUUGGGUUACAACAAUCUUUAGAAAGAUUAUAUCCAAGGCUUUACCAG